AUGGGGGGCCCUGAGGGGAGCCACGGGCCGGGCCCGCCUGGAGGCUGGGCCCCUGCUAGAGCCUGCGGAAGCCCCGGGUGCUUGGGACACAGCUGCGUGGGGGUGCGGGGUGCCCGAGGGGCUGCGGUGCUCUCACAGGCGCGGCGGCCCCCAGCCCAGCUUACUUUCCCACCAACGGCUGCUCAAACCGCCCCAGGGCCCAGCCAGCCCUGCCCCACGGGGCCUGCGGAGCCGGGCAUCGCGGCCAGCGGGACCUUCCUGUGGGAAGCUGGGCGCUGCCGCCGGUCAGGGGAAGACGGGGAGGAGAGGACUCAUAGCGUCCGGCUCGUGGCAGGCGCCCGGGAGCAGGGCUGGAACAGACCACGCCCCGGGGCCCUCGUGCUCCCCCCGCCCGGCUCUGCUGCUUCCGGCCCCCGGGUGACCCACAGGUUGUCCCCUGUGCCCCCGUCCUCCCCGACACCGACGGUAGGCGCUGGGGGAGGGUGUGGCACGCUGCUCAUCCCAGCUUUCUGCGAGUCAAGUCAGGAGGAGCCCCAGCCAAGGCCGGCACCUGGGGGGCAGUGUGACCAGCGGCAGCAGCUGGGCCGCAGCGUGUAG